AUGCGGCGCGACUGGCCUUGCCCCACAGAAAGCAGCAGCCGCCGCGGGAGUGGUGACCUUGCCUACCUGGACCCGCUGCCCACCUGGAGCGGAGGAUGGGGACGUCCCCGGCUCAGGCCCCGCCCCGCUCUCCCGGCUGCCGCCCGGGCCGGUCUCCCGAUUGGCCGACGGGCUGGAGGUGCGAGAAGGCGGAGCNNNGCGCUGCUCGAGGCGGCCCGCGCGCGCUACGAGAGCCUGCACAUCUCGGACGACGUGUUCGGCGAGUCGGGCCCGGACAGCGGCGGAAACCCGUUCUACAGUACCUCGGCCGCCUCGCGCUCCUCCUCCGCUGCGUCCUCGGACGACGAGCGGGAGCGCCCUGUCCCCCCGGGCGCCCCCGCCGUCCCGCCGCUGCUCCGCGCCCCGGAGGCGCAGGAGCCGGAGGAGGACGAGGCCGGCGCGGGCUGGAGCGCCACGCUGCGGGACCGCCCGCCGCCGCGCUUCGAGGACACGGGCGGUCCAACCCGAAAGAUGCCCUCCAGUGCCAGUGCCGUGGACUUCUUCCAGCUGUUUGUCCCAGACAAUGUCCUCAAGAAUAUGGUGGUGCAAACGAACAUGUAUGCCAAGAAGUUCCAGGAGAGGUUUGGGAGUGACGGGGCGUGGACAGAGGUGACCCUGGCAGAGAUGAAAGCGUUCCUGGGCUACAUGAUUUCCACCAGCAUCUCCCAUUGUGAGUCCGUCCUCAGCAUCUGGAGCGGCGGCUUCUAUAGCAACCGGAGCCUCGCCCUGGUCAUGAGCCAGGCUCGCUUCGAGAAGAUCCUCAAGUACUUCCACGUUGUGGCCUUCCGCUCCAGCCAGUCCACACAUGGCCUCUACAAGGUCCAGCCCUUCCUGGACUCCCUGCAGCACGGCUUCGACACGGCCUUCAGGCCUUCCCAGACCCAGGUGCUACAUGAACCCCUGAUUGACGAGGACCCUGUGUUCAUUGCCACAUGCACAGAGCGGGAGCUGAGGAAGAGGAAGAAGCGGAAGUUCAGCCUCUGGGUCCGACAGUGUUCUUCCACCGGCUUCAUCAUCCAGAUUUAUGUCCAUCUGAAGGAAGGUGGGGGCCCGGACGGCCUGGAUGCACUGAAGAACAAGCCGCAACUCCAUGGCACAGUGGCCAGGAGCCUGUGCCGGAAUGCAGUAGGCAAGAACUACAUUGUCUUCACCGGGCCCAGCAUCACCAGCCUGACGCUGUUUGAAGAGUUUGAGAAGCAAGGGAUUUACUGCUGUGGCCUGCUCAGCUCCAGGAAGAGCGACUGCACAGGCCUCCCACUGUCCAUGCUGACCAACCCAGCCAUGCCCCCGGCCCGGGGCCAGUACCAAAUCAAGAUGAAGGGGAACAUGUCCCUGAUCUGCUGGUACAACAAGGGGCACUUCCGCUUCCUUACCAACGCCUACUCCCCCAUGCAGCAAGGAGUCAUCAUCAAGAGGAAGAGUGGGGAGGUUCCCUGCCCCCUGGCAGUGGAGGCGUUUGCUGCUCACCUCAGCUACAUCUGCAGAUAUGAUGACAAGUACAGCAAGUAUUUCAUUUCUCAUAAACCAAACAAGACCUGGCAGCAGGUAUUCUGGUUUGCCAUCAGCAUCGCCAUCAACAAUGCCUACAUCCUGUACAAGAUGUCAGACGCUUACCAUGUGACGAGGUACAGCCGGGCGCAGUUUGGGGAGAGACUCGUCAGAGAGCUGGUGGGCUUGGAGGACACUGCGCCAGCCCACUGAUGCUGGGAACGCUGGCCCAGCCUGGGUCGGGGCCAGGUCGAGGGAGGGGCGAAAGCACGAGGACAGCCUGCCAUGUGACCUGCCCAUGCAGAGAACUGGAGAGGCCCUGGGUUUGGCU